AUGCGACCCAUCAAUUUGACGCUUGCCCUCUGGGCCCUGAGCCAGCUAUCGCCCGCGGCGGGUGCGGCGCUGCAGGACUCCGACUGCCAAGGCGGCGGCACCGCCCCGCCCUACAAGCCAAAUAAGGCCUACCCGUUCAAGUGGUGUGACGCGGACGACUACGGAUGGAGGAUUAGCAAAUACGAUGCGAGGCUCCACGAUGAGUACAAGCGGCCGUGGCCGCUGAACGGAACUCGCUGGUGUGGAAUUUACGACACCGGCUGGAUGCCCAACGCCAGGACGCUGAUCUCGGAAACGCCACAUAAAAUGGAGUACGAUGACUGGAAAACAGAGAUCACGAUCCCUCCCAAAACGUGCCUUCGGAUCAAGUGCUGGAACACGACUGGCCUGUACAUGUGCAACGCGAGGCUGCACGAAAUCACGGUAAACACGAUAUGGGACGUCUUGCCGGCGCUCAGGGCGGCCAACGUCUGCUGCUCGGGGCAGCCCAUUUCCAUCAUCAAGCAGCGGGUGAGCGGCGAGUGGCGGCACCCGUGCGGCUGGAGCGCCAUCGUGGCCUACGCCAACUGCAACCACCCGGCCGUCACGCCGUGGCCGUCCAAGAUCUGGCCCAUGCAAAACGGAUCCAACCCCAACGGCCACUGCCUGCACGGGACCGAGGAGGAGCUGCUGGCGCCGGAGCUUCCGUUUGAUGCGGGGGUGUAG